UAUGGUUUAGAUAUUAAUUAAAUGCUAUAGUGCUGGGGUAAUUAAGAAUUUUAAAUCAUACAAGAGGAAAGGUAGAUCAACUACCAAUAAAUUAAUACUUAUAGGACUAUCAAAGUUUGUCCAGAAAUCAAGUUAUUCAUCCUAUCGCCAUAACAAUGGCAACUAAUCAAAGAGAGAGCAGAAAGAAGCAGGUGAUAGCAAUAGUCGGAGCUGGUAUAAGCGGCCUAUUGGCCUGCAAAUACAGCCUUUCAAAAGGUUUCGAUCCCAUUGUGUUUGAGUCCGAGGGUAGCAUUGGAGGUGUGUGGACUAAGACUAUUGGGAGUACCAAGCUGCAGACACCAAGACCUGUUUACCAGUUCUCUGAUUUUCCAUGGCCUGAUUCUGUAACCGAUGUGUUUCCCGACCAACAAACUGUGCUGGAGUACAUUGAAUCAUAUGCUCAUCACUUUAAUUUGCUCCGUCACAUUCAGUUCAAUAGCAAAGUGUUGAGCCUCAGUUAUGAAUCUGGUGGCGGCUCUGAUGGAGAAUGGAAUUUGUGGGGCGGCACAGGCGAGCCUUUUAGCUCUAAGGGGAAAUGGAACGUAACUGUACAGGACACUCGAACCCCCUCCCCGCAGGUAUACCAAGUGGAUUUUGUAGUAGUUUGCGUGGGAAGAUUCAGCCAAGUUCCAAAUAUCCCUCAAUUCCCUCCAAACAAAGGCCCCCAAGCUUUUCAAGGUGAAGUAAUCCAUUCAAUGGACUAUUCCAAAAUGGACUCAACAACUGCAACCAACUUUGUCAAAGGAAAAAAUGUAGCUGUCAUUGGGUCCCAGAAAUCAGGAAUGGACAUUGCCAUGGAGUGCUCCACAGUUAAUGGGAUUGAACGUCCAUGCACAGUAUUAACUAGGACGCCGCAUUGGAACAUUCCCGAUUAUUUUCCAUGGGGAUUCCCUUUGGCAUAUCUCUACCUAAGUCGAUUCUCCGAACUUAUGGUGCAUAAACCAGGCGAAGGCCUUCUUCUAAGUCUCCUGGCGACAACUCUUUCACCUUUGAGGUGGGCCUUCUCAAAAUUUGUAGAAAGUCAUAUACAACACAAACUCGGGCUUGCAAAACAUGGAAUAGUGCCAGAGCAUAGUUUCUUAAACGAAUUGAGUUCAUGUUUAAUUUCUUUAGUGCCUGAAGAAUUCUACGAUAGAGUUGGGGAAGGAAGUAUCAAGCUGAAGAAAGCGAAGAGCUUUGGAUUCUCGAAAGAAGGUAUCGUUCUUGAGGGUCAGGCUGAACCAAUAAAAUCCGACUUAGUCAUACUCGCUACUGGCUUCAAGGGAAUUGAUAAGCUCAAACACAUUUUUGAAUCACCAAGAUUUCAGGACUUCAUUGCAGGCACAGAUGACUCUGCAGUUCCUCUCUAUAGGGAAUGCAUUCAUCCUCGAAUUCCACAUCUGGCAAUAAUUGGAUUCUCGGAAAGCAUAGCAAAUCUAUACACCUCGGAAAUAAGAUGCCGAUGGCUGGCAGAACUUCUGGAUGGAAAAUUUAAGCUACCUAGCAUCAAGAUCAUGGAAGAAGACAUAGCAGAGUGGGAUAAAUACAAGAAGAGAUAUUCAUAUUUGAAGAACUACAGGAGAUCAUGCAUCGGCGCAUUGCAUAUUUGGUACAAUGACCAACUGUGCAAGGACAUGGGAUGGAAUCCUAAAAGGAAAAAGGGUCGUUUGUCUGAGUGGUUCGAUCCUUAUGGACCAAUGGAUUACACCGGCUAACGAGUUUAAGAGUAUCAUCAGGUCCUCUUCUGCCAGCUUCAGAAAGGUCUCCUUUCCUCUGUUCUCGCUUGUAUUCAAAAUUCUAUUGUAUUUUUCUUAUUUUUCUUCAUGUUGAUGGCCGGGUGCCUUAGCAUUCGCACAAUAAGCUUGUGAUCCACCUUUGGAAACCCUGAUUUAUACUAGCUUGACGAUCAUGCAUGCUGGCUCAGCUUUAUGAAUCUCUACUGAAUGACAAACAGUUUGUGUUGACUCAAUGGCACAAGAAUAUCAGAGGGAUCUUCGAAACGGUGUGUUAUAUUGUUGUUCAUUAACCUUGAACAAUAAGGCUAGCAUUUUAAAUUUGCUAUAUUGUUUUCCUUCCAUUUCUGGUCAA